CUCAAGGCUUUCAGAUAUCUAAAAGCAGGGGACAGGAGCCCCACACCUUUUUUUUUAGUUGGCCCAAUGGCCCCCCUCUCUUUUAAUCAUCUCCUUUCUUUUGUUUUUUUUUUCGUUCUCGUCCACCAUUACACGGCUGGCAUCAUCAUUGGAAACCUCCACUAAAAAGGCAGCCGGUGGGGUGAGGGGAAGAACCGAUGGGUGAUGUGGUCAUGGAACAGCAGCAACAGAGAGAGAAGUCCAGGGUUGUGAAGGUGGACUCGGAGGAAUCAUGGGACCUCUUCAUCUCCCAAGCCAACAGCCGAGGCAGCCCUGUUUUUGUCCACUUCAGUGCUUCAUGGUGUGUCCCAUCUCUUGCCAUGAAUUCCUACUUUGAGGAACUGGCCAGAACUUACCAGGAUAUUGUGUUUCUCUUGGUAGAUGUUGACGAACUCAAGGGUGUUGCUUCUAAAAUGGGGGUGAAGGCAAUGCCUACCUUUGUGCUGAUGAGGGAUGGAGCAGUGAUCACUAAGAUUGUUGGAGCAAAUCCAGAAGAGAUGAAGAAAAGGAUAGAUGCUUUUGUGCAUUCCCUUAGCACUACAAGCACCUUGGAGUAGUUCUGCAGGUUGUCACAACGAGGGGUGAUGAGAAAAAAAAAUCAUAUGGUUGUCUUUGUUGUUUGUGGAAAAUGUCAAGUAUUUGUAAAUAGACUGUAAACUAUGUGAGGGUUGUAUAAUUAUGGAUCAACUAUAAAACUUUUUAUUGCUCAGAAAAGGAAGAAUUUGGCAACAGAUUA